AGAAAGGAAACCACAAGCAAAUCCAGUUACUAUCUACAAAAGUUGUUCAUUCAAUAUGGCUUCUUCUUCAUUUCUCCAAAUGAUGAUGCUGCUAGUGUUUAUCAUUGCUUUUGGAACUAGUACUAGAUCAGGAGUAGUGGUAGUUGACGCACAAACUUCACCACCAAUAGCACCGGGACUGUCAUUGAUUUUCCAUGAAACAAACUGUCCCAACUUGGAAACUAUAAUAAGAAACAGGCUCUGGACUAUCUUCAACAAUGAUAUUGCACAAGCUGCCGGCUUGCUCCGUCUUCACUUCCAUGACUGCUUUGUUCAGGGCUGUGAUGGAUCAGUAUUGUUGGAUGGGUCUGCUAGUGGUCCGAGUGAGAAGAAUGCGCCACCAAACCUCUCACUCAAAGCAGAAGCGUUCCGGAUCAUUGAGGACCUUCGUGCCCGUGUUCAUAGUGCUUGUGGCCGUAUUGUCUCCUGCUCAGACAUUGUUGCGAUCGCGGCCCGUGAUUCCGUCUUCCUGUCCGGAGGUCCAUAUUACAGAGUCCCGCUAGGUAGGCGAGAUGGACUGACCUUUGCAACUCUGAAUGCAACGCUUCAGAAUCUGCCUCCUCCUUCAGCAAAUGCCAGUGUACUCAUCUCUGCCCUUGCAACUUUGAACCUCACAGCCACCGAUCUGGUUGCACUCUCUGGGGGUCACACCAUAGGUAUCGGGAGUUGUGGCUCCUUCGAAGAUCGAUUAUACCCGACCCAAGAUACUACUAUGGACCAAACCUUUGCCAGAAACCUCAAACGAACAUGUCCUGCACUCAACACCACCAAUACUACGGUAUUAGACAUACGUACUCCAAACGUGUUCGAUAACAGGUAUUAUGUGGAUCUCAUGAACCGACAAGGUCUGUUCACCUCGGAUCAAGAUCUGUAUACAGAUAGCAGAACCCGACCCAUUGUGACUAGCUACGCUGUUAACCAGUCUUUGUUUUUUGAGAGAUUUGUGUUUUCGAUGAUUAAGAUGGGACAAUUAAGCGUAUUAACUGGUAGUCAGGGAGAAAUUCGGUCCAACUGCUCCGCCCGAAACCCUGCCAGCAGCUCAUCGUACUUAUCAUCUGUGGUUGACAUUGAUGAAGAACAACAAGUAGUAGAGGGAGAAAGUGCUGCAUUCUAAUUUUAUUUGCUAGGCUAUUUUCUUAAUAUUACAAGAUGUACGAGAAAUCGAAUUAGUUCUAUCAAGACUUAAAAGACUCCAGCUAGUGGCUAUAGCCAGCUGCCUAGCUAGUGCUUAUGUUGCUAUCCAUAUAUAAUUAAUGAAAUAAAGGAGCCAAAUUCUCUUGAGCCUUA